AUCUGAGUGAAGGACUUAUUCCAGAAAGAGAAUGAAUUUGAAAAAUUCAGUGGGUUACAUUCUACUGCUACUCUUUCAAUGUGAACUAUGGACAAGUGCAGAAAAGGUCUUCAAGCUUGCUAAUUCUCACCUGCUUCCACCAGGAGGCUGUACAAGACUAAUCAACAUUAAUGCAGAAGAAUAUCCAAGGGAUUGCAGUGAGAUAUUUAAGCAGCCUAAAGAAAACUCCGAAGAUGGUCUUUAUGUCAUUCAGCCAAUGAAGGAGCCUAUUGGUGUGUACUGUAAUAUGCAAGAUGGUGGCUGGACAGUAAUUCAGCACAUUACUGCCAACAGUACUGUAGACUUUGACAGGACCUGGCAGGACUACAAAUAUGGUUUUGGCUCAAUUAAUGAAAACCACUGGUUAGGGAAUGAAUAUAUGCACCAGUUAACUAGCUCUUCAAGACCAUAUACGCUUGGGAUUAAACUUGUAGACCUGAAUGCUCAAAUCAAAUGGGGAGAGUAUGAGCCAUUCCAUAUUGAAGACGAAGCAUCUCAAUACAGGAUCAGGCUUGGUUUGUAUAAAGGUAAUGCUGUUGAUGCCCUGUGUCAGGAUACAGAAGCAUAUCUCCAUGACAACCAGAAGUUCACCACAAAAGACAGAGAUAAUGAUAACUAUUUUCAAAACUGUGCCAAACUCGAGUACAAUGGCAUUCCUGGUGGUGGCUGGUGGUACGAUGCUUGUGCUGGAGCAAAUUUAAAUCGCAGGAAUGUUAUCUAUUGGCAACAGGACUGCAACAAAAUACAUAUGUGCAAAUAUGCCUGGAUGAUGAUCAAGCCGGCUGACCACUGCCAGGACUGCUCGAAGGCUUGUCCGUCUCAGAAAGACGAAUUGUAAACAACACUACAAAAUAAA